UUUUUUUUAAUGACCGAGGGAUAAUUAAGUGCCUAAACUAUUUGGGUAAGUAGUUACUUUAAAUACUACCCACAGUUAGUAGUAGAUACCAGGGCACGCACUCCUUAGCCCAUACAUGCACACAUACAUACAUCCUCCAUGGAUCCGAUGGACUUACUUCCCGUACCUUACCUUGAAGCCUUGUGACCCUCAUAACCCCUGUGUCAUCUUUGAAUGGAAAAGUCCCGAUCUUUAUUACACCUCCUUUGAUCCUUUGCUUAUUGCAUUCCUGCAGUAACCCAUGGGUCUUAUCCGCACUUGAUACUUCGUACAUAUAAGCCUACCUACCCUUUUCAUCACGGGUCUCCCUCUCACCCUUUCACUUCUACAAAUAUCCAUCCUAUCAUUUGCACUCACUUCGAUCUUUCGUCUGCUUUCUACCCUUUCAAUGGCCAAUUAUAUACAACCUCCAAUCUCUCAGGCAGUCUCGCACUGGAUUCAGGCAGACCAGCCAGCUGUGCCUUCUACAAGCUUCCGUGACAUGAUGUAUGCUUUCCCUAGACCGAGGCAUACGGGCCGAGUGGUGAAGCCUAGGAGUGCAGGCAACAGUCCUUCCUCUGGCAGGUGGAGGGCCCCCUCUCACGGUUCUCCAAUCUAUCAAUCGGUCCAAACCCAGGCUUAUCAGACUCCUAUUAACCCUGCUAUCCUGGCUUCUGUUAUGCGAAGGAGGCGAGCAAGCCGUCCAAUCAGUUGGCAUCCAGCAACACUGGAAUCCGCUACGUAUACAUCCCCGCCAUACUUUCAGACAACUGCCGAAGAAAGUCUUCCAGUCAUGGCUUCGUCUAUCCAGACCCUGGGCACAGCCCCAACAGCUUUCGCCGACGGCAGUAUGAUUCCAUCAUACGCCUCGCCGGACUUCUCAACACCAAAUGGAGCCUUCUCUUUCUCCACGAUGCCAGAUUCGGCACCGAUGCAACAGUCGUCUUUCCUAGACAUGAGCGGCGCUCAGUUUGAUCCGGUCACGUGGGAUACCGGUGCAUCGAACUUGACUACUAUGGCUCAACCGAUCUCCGAUAACUGGACCUUCGACAUGAUGUCUAUGAACAAUAGCAUCCCCUCGGCAGAUGUUGAGGCAUCAGGUUAUGCAAGCGCUCCAUCGUCAGGCUAUUUGACCGGACCCUCAACCCCCGACUUUCUUCCCAUUCAACAUCCGGACAGCAACUCUAAGUCGCUGCACGAAUCGACCUCAGAUGAGCAACCCGGGGAUGAACUGGUUGGAAUGGGUCUAUACAGUCACCCUGACCCCUUCUUAGAAAGCUCAUUCCACGAUAUCUCCGGCAAAGGUCUAAAGCUAGAGGAGACCUUCACUCCAUCAGACGAUGAAGCAGACGACAACAAAGACGCUGAGAGUGAAGAUGACGACCAAGAGUCCACGGAGCAGGUCAUCGCCUCCAGCUCUUCUCCAAUCCAGAAGCAGUCAACCAACCCAACUACAAACAUGAUGCAAAAAUCUUUCUUCUUUGACGAUGACGACCUCGAACAACAGACCAUGUCUGGACCCCAGCAGCUCUUCAACCUAGGAAGCCAGCCUUGCAUGAAUUACGGAUACGGAUGGAUUUAACUAUCUCGACGACUCUGAGCGCUCUUUUAUUUUCUUAUUUAUUGUACAAAUCUUUCUGUUGGUUAUUGCAUAGCAUAGCGUGGCGUUUUGACUUUGGACGGCGUUCCAUGUACGAAAGGGAUACCCAAAGGGUGCGUGAUUGAUUACACAUUAUUAAGAUACAUAGGAAGCAUUAAACUUUGGAAAUUAAGCAUCGCAACAAACGAGCAACAACCAUUGACGCAAUUCUCUUC